UGCAGCGGCAGCAGGAAUGGCAGCAGCGGAAGCACGGACAGCAGCAGCAGCAGCAGCAGCAGCGGAAGCACGGACAGCAGCAGCAGCAGCAGCAGCAGCAGCAGCAGCAGCAGCGGGAGGGAGAGGCAGCAGGGGAGGACGCGGAAGCACCGGCGACAGCAGCACACACGGGGCAGCAGCAGCAGCAGCAGCAGCAGCAGCAGCAGCAGCAGCAGCAGCAGCAGCAGCAGCAAAUGCAGCAGCAGCAAAUGAAGCAGGAGCAGCAAACGCUGCAGCCGCAGCAACAGUGCAGCAACAGCCGCAAGUGUAGCAGCAGCAGGUGUAGCAGCAGCAAGUGUAAAGCCAGCGAGCGCAGCAGCAGCUAG